AUGCAUGCUGUGCCCCACCCUGUUCCUGGCGACGCUGGCUCUGGUGAGCUGCGACGUGUCCCACCUGCUGGAGACCACCACGACGCCCGAGCCGCCACCACAUCCCUACGCUCAUUCUCGUACGUAGACCCUCGCCAGAAGGUCCGGACGGUGGACUAUGUGGCAGACAAGCAAGGGUUCCACCCGAUCCUGAGCCAUGUGCUUCCAGAACACCCAGCAGACUCCGAGUCUGUCGCCCAGGCCAAGAACAGGCACUACCAGCUCUACGCUAAGAUCGCUGAGGAACAUGCUAACCCCCAUCCUGAAUUAAUAUCAGCACCUAUAGAGUCACAGGCCGUAGCCGAAGCUCGCGCGAAACAUGCCGAACUAUUCCGAGUGAUUGCCGAACAGCACGCGCGCAUCGCAGCAGAAAGAGAAGCACUCUUAAGAGAAGAAGAAGAGAAACAACAACUACAGGAACUAGGACAGUAGACCUUCAUCAAAUAUGGAGUAGCAGAUGGAUAAACUGAGAAGUGGAGACAACGGCUUGUAUAGCUAUACUUUUCCGAGGUAUACUGACUCUUUAUUGUAUACUAAAUACGUAAUUUGAGUACAGUUGUACUUAGUGUAGAUUAUAGUUGUUUGACGUUGUCUGUACUUCAGAACAAUAAUAUAAUUAUGCUAAAUAGUUACGCAAAGUCUAAAGUAAUAAUCAUGUGACACUGAGUAAGGGAAAUCCAGAUUUAAAGUGAUUGACAUUAAAUACAAAAUACAUUGUUUGUCUCUGCUAUCCAUAUUUGACAACAAAACGACUGCAGUGAUACUAAUUAAAAUAAAUACAAAAUUGUUACAUAUUUUUAACUAUUUAUGUAGGUACAUCUUUUCUAUGAAUUUUUAAAAUUUUUACCACGACUUUU